AUGCACUCAGACAACAAGGAGAGAGAGAAAGCUCUCAUAAUGAAAUUCGUAAUUCCAAAAUUACCCUUCGUUCUCUCUCUAUUCCUAUCACUCUCUCUCAUCGUCUUCUUCUUCGUUUUCCCGUCUACAUUCCUCCGCCACUCUCUCUUCUCCUCCUCCUCCGUCGUCGCCGCCGACGAAGGGAUUCGGAUCCGUCAUGGAUACACCUCAUACGAGGCCUACAUCCAGCACCAGCUCAACAAAACUCAGAACCCGAAGCUACGGAAGGUGUGGACAACGCGCGACUGGGAUCGGAAAGUGCGAGUGUUCUCAACCUUCUUCCAACGCCUCAGCGAGCGCGGCUUCCUCUCGAAUCAAUCGAAGGCGCUGUCGAUCGGCGCGCGAGUAGGGCAGGAGGUGGCUGCGCUGAGGCUGAUCGGCGUCAUGGACUCCGUCGGGAUGGAUCUGGUGCCGCGUCCGCCUCUCGUGGUGAGAGGUGACUUCCACGCGCAGCCGUUCGAGGCGGAGACAUUCGAUUUCGAAUUCUCGAACGUGUUCGAUCACGCGCUUUACCCGGAGAAGUUCGUGGGGGAGAUCGAACGGACGCUCAAGCCCGGAGGAGUUUGCGUGUUACACGUGUCCCUUCACGGGAAGACGGAUAAGUACUCGGCCAACGAUCUGUACAGUGUGAAACCGUUGGUGAAACUGUUCAAGAGAUCUAAGGUCGUUGAGGUGAGGAAGAUCGAUGGGUUUGGGCUUGACACGGAAAUCGUUUUUAGAAAGAACAAGAACAGAAAAUGA